AUUGGAGUGACGGGUGUCCUUUUCCGGCAUUGUCGGUUGCUCUAACUCUAGUUGAGUGCAUGAAGUUGCGUUUUGACUACAGUUUCGUGGACGACUUGUAAAGUAUUGUAACGAAAUGACGCAGGAAAAAUCGGACGCGGUAGUGCGUUUGUUGUCGUGUGCCCUUCACCGAAUCCGCACGACGCCUCCACGUAUAAUCGCUUCGCCAGCAACUCAGCCUCGUCGGGCCGCUGUAGCCAUCAUUAUCCGUGUUGUACCUCCCCCCAAUGCCGUCCCAGUGCCAGACGACGCCCAUUUACCCACCUUAGGUCAAUUUUUUGAACUAGACUGGGUCAAUGACCCUCUCGCACGUCCAGAAGUUCUUCUUUUGAAACGCGACGGUGCGGGCCCCUCUGCAGUUCCAGGGCAUGCUUCUGCAUUCCAGAAUUUCACUGGCGAUGGGACUUCGAAAAGCAACGGCAAGGCUGAGGCCCACGUCGCUUUCCCCGGUGGACGUACUGAAGAGGGAGAUGAAGGAAGUCUUUAUACGGCCAUGCGUCAAACAUGGGAGGAGAUUGGCUUGGACCUUGCAGAGCGUGAUUUCAUUUGCAUAGGUCAACUGGAUGACAGAGAGAUCACUACAUCGCUGGGCAAGCGACUCCUCAUGAUUCUUUCUCCUUUCGUCUUCCUGCAGCUCACUCCGAAACCGCUCCCAACAGACCCAACAGACGGGACCGCCAUCCACUGGGUACCACUCGAGACUCUUGUUAGCGCAGUUUUGCCAGGAAGUAUAGGCAAUAAGAUAAACGCAAAGAGCAGAUGGUCCAGUGUGACCGUGGAUGCUGCAUCCAGGCUUACACCUCGACGUGCCGCUAUCUUGCAUAUAUUGGUUCGAGUUCUCAUAGGCAGCAUGCAAUUCCCUGCCAUUCUGCUCGACCUUCCAGAGUCCGAAGCGAUACCGGUCUCGUCCAAAAGCUCAAUCAGCUCCGCCGCACUCCCUGGUAGCGCAUCAUAUCCUGCGCUGACGCAGGAUAAGCUCGAACAAGGAUUUACCGCUGCCAAGCCGCUUUCUGGGAAGAACCGAAACAAGUCGCAACAACAACUCAAGUUAUGGGGUCUUUCCCUUGGCAUGACUCUCGACUUAAUGGCGACUAUGAUACCGCCGCCGACGCUUUCCUCUUCUACCCUCAACCAACAGCCGACAUCUAAAAAUUUGGACAAAGUUUCCUUGCCUAGUCUGCACCUACCCUUCCAUCCAGUAGGGGGCGAAGGAAUGCGCAUCGACGCUGUCGCACCCAGCCUGGCUAGUGUUUUUCCUCGUUUCUCUUAUCCAGAUGUCAACUUCUGGAUCUGGGUUUUUGGAAAGCGUUAUCGUGAAGUUGUGCGUGGGUGGGAAGCCAGUGUGCGCGGCGGCGGCUCCAAUGUUAGACGGAUCAACUGGUCGGGCACAACACUGAACACAUUCUACGCUGCGGUUCGCAAGGCUUUGAUCGUAGUCUUGGUCCUUCGUGCCAUUGGUGUGCUGGUUGGUCUUGCAUUCGCUGCAUGGUGGGCGUUCGCAUGAGGAACCUUCUCUAAGCAGUGCCUUCUGGACACUUGCUAUUAUGGAUUUUGGCUUCUUAUUUGGAUACUAUUUUUUUUCCAUUACGAUACUUUGACGACACUUCACUAAUGUGGUCCCAGAUCGGCAUCUCACUCGUGGUCUCAG